AUGGACCAGUCAGCUCUGAUUCAAGAGCAGCAGCAGCAGCAGGGACAACACCAUCAACGGCAGGUGCACCAGCAGCAAGACCACCUGUACUAUUCCUCGUCCCUGUCCUACCCCUCCUCCUACACGCCUUCGUCACCCUCCUCGCCGUCGUCGUCCUUCACGGACUCCGGUUUCGCCGGUUCCGGCUACCCGAUACCAUCGCUUGCCUUCUCCUCGACUCCCGCCGGUCCGCAGCUGCAGGCACCGCGCACCGCGACCCUCCAAUCGGCACCGCCGGGCUACAGCUCGUCCUCGCUUGCACCGGGCGGAGCGGCCGAGCCCGGGUCCGGGGCGAGUGAACUGUUCAUCCAUUCGUCUACCGCGGCCACACCCAACAGCAACAUCACACCGGAGUUCAGUUCUACCGCCAAAGCCAGCCCGGUGCCCCGGACGGUCACUUACGCCGCCCCCGCUGAACCGACCAAGACUGGACCCCCGGUCACCCCGGUGCCUACCCCCCCGCCCACCACCACCAACACCACCCAAGCCACCCUGUUACCGUCGUUUCGUCUCUCCAGCAACCAAACGCAGGUCGACCGGGAACGGGAGCGGCUCAGGAUGGAGUUUUACGCCACGUACGACGUGAUGACGGGCGUCCGGAUAGCGGCCACGCUCGGCGGUUUCUUCGGCCUAAUGGUGUUCCUCGUCAUCUACAAGAGCCGCACGCGGUCGACGGCCAAAGCACUCAAGGAUCCAACGAUAGCGGCCGUCGCGGCCGCCGUUAUACAGGAGGAGGAGGAGCGCGAGCUACAGGAAGCAAUAGAGGCGACGGCAUUCUCGUUACUGCAGGAGGAGCUCAACAUCAACUACCCGGGGCUGCAGCGGGACCGCUUACUAUCGCUCGGGAACAUUAGCGCCCCUCCGAUGCUGAGCCGCGGCCGCCGAAUGUCCUCGAUCAGCGGUGGCUACAGCAGCCUGCUCAACCCUUCGCGCCGCUUCUCGUACAGCAGUACGCGGGGGCACCGGAACAGCGUGUCGGUGUCCUCGCGCGUGCUCAGUGCCUACAACAUGGGCGGCAGCUUCGGCCAGGACGAUUACGUGCUCGAAAGCGACGGCGAGGAGGCGGACGACGAGUUCGAUCAGUUCACCACGACGGCCGAGAUUGGCUAUCCGAGCAAUUAUCUUUCCGUGCCGAACAAGUGCAACGAAUCUCGCCGCAGCAGCGCGAUGACAUGCUGCAGUACGGAGAGUUCCUUCCUCGAGCGGCGAUGCUCCGCCAUCACGCUCGGCCUUUCCUCGCUACCACCGAUAUCGCGGUCACCGUCGCGGCAGCAGAGCCGCGACGACACGACCGACUGGGAACCGUUCUAUCCCGGCAUCAACAUCAUCGAAGCGACGCCCAAAUCGUCGCCUUGUCCAAGCGAGCGGAUAGCGCACCGGGGCCACCACCACCAUGGUGCCGACUCGGACCGGCCCUCUACGAGCCGGGGCAGAUCGGCGAGCCAGUUUCUGACGCCCCAGCCCUCCACCUCCUCGGGGGGGUCGCGCGUGAUCGCACCCGCGUACGACGACGGCUCGAUCGACUGCAUCUCGGAGUAUCCGGUCGGCAGUGGGCUAGAGGACGGCUUCGGGUACCGUCCGACGCGACAACGAGCACAGCCGAGCACGUCCGGCACCCGCCCGUACAGCAACGGACGACCGGCCGACGACGGCAGCUUAGCGAACGGUGGCAUACUGCUGCAGCGAUCGGUGGCCGAGCCUCGCAGCGUCACCGCGCACGCGACGAACAACAGUAGUAAUAGCGCAAACGUUAAUCACAGCACCACAGCGGUGCGGCGAGCCCCGCUAGCAUCGCUCAGUUCCUUCAAGAUGUCGUCGAUCGACUGUCAGGACACGGACCCGAAGAGUGGCGGUUCCGAUUCGGUGUUCGGCGAGGACAGUGGGGCCGACACGGACGAGGAUCUGCAGCAGUUCAGCACGGACAGUGACGAACUGAGCCUGACGAUGCCGUACGAGGAGGACGAAGAAUCGCACGGUGGCCAGCAGCGCGUGCAGCGAACCGGAGGCCGCGGCUCGCUCUACCGGCGACAGUCAACGUUGGCUCAAGGUGACGAGCUGGAGGAGGAGGAGGAAGAUGGCGGUACGCUGCUACCCUGCGGCAACGACCGUUCGGUGUACGAGCUCGAGCACGAGCUGGACGUUCGGCAGCAGCAGCAGCUGCACCACCAACCAACAACCGAUACUAGUUACUUAAGUAGUCUUUCAAUUAGCAAUCGCUCCGGCAGCAAGGGCAGGGCGGGUGAGCGGGGCGUCCAGCCAGCGGCCACCAGCGGCCCUGGCGUGGGGAAACGCAUCGAAACGAAAGCAAUCAUCGAAAGACAGCAACCAAAUGACAGCAGCGGUCGUGGUGGCAGCUACACCGCCGGCGGUAGCAACCUGCAGCAGCAGCAGCAGCAGCGCCAGUCACCGCUCGGCGCCAUUCCCAAGGGGACGCGAACGACGACGACGACGGCGAGUGGGCCGCCACCGACCGUAAUGGUGCACCUGCCCGACGAUGAUCGGCCGAGCGGCAGCAGACGGAGCGCAGAAUCGGAUAGCAGCACCCGCCCGAGCAGUUCCGGCGAGUCGGCCCGCCAGCACCAGCAGUGCGUUGAGGUUAAUGUUAUCAUUAAGAACAGUAGCAGUAGCAGUAACACCACCAUUAAAAGUCCUUCUGUGAUUCUGGAGCUACCGAUACUGGCGAUCGACGAGGAUGACGAUCCGUCCUCGUCCGCGCCAGCCCUGUCGGCGAACGAUCCCUGCAUUCCGGGGCCCUCGCGCAAGUGGUCCAAGGAAACGCUCUUCUAGUCACGGGCGUCCACCAGUGCGUCCGGUCUGUGGACGACGGCUGCCACCCAGCAUCAUCUACCAGCUCCUUCCGGCAACGCACCACCACCCUCCUCCUCACACCCCCACACCGAUCGAUCUAUCAAUCCGUCCAGAAAAACUCCAAGCUUACUAUGGCGGCUCAUUCUCUCUGGCACACAAGACUUCUUCUGCAACUGCACAUCUCUCGCACUGCAACUGCUGCUAGCUUUCCCCACAACCGCGUAGUCGUGCCGUUGAAGAUGUUGACCACUUUUGUUGAAACAAAAACGACUAAACCCCCCCCCCCCCCCCUCACCAAAACGACUGCUGCUACGAACCCGGGGGCUCACGCUGUUGAUUUGUUGUUGAUGUUAGUAGCGACGAUUAGUAAAUAGUGUAGGGCGGGAGGGCGAGCUGUCAAAUUCCGUUUACCAGCUGUCACUUUCGGGUCCAACCUGCCAACACAGCAAUGGUAUAAAUUAGAUUAGCGGCGAAGAAGCAAUGGCUGCGGGGUUGACAUUUGGAUUUGACAGACAUAUAUCACUCAUCUAGGGUAGAUGCUACUACCAUUUUCCUUUUUUCUUACUAUUCUCCAUCUUUUCACCCAUUUUCUCGUUCAAAAAACUCUAAUGGACCAAUCGGGACGGUAUAUUUGUGGAAGAGUGGCAAACG